AUGGAGCUGUCCGGGAUCAAAGGUAUUGCUGCAGUUCAGAGUGAUGGAACACUCACCUCCUGGGCGGGCGAGUCACCUGGACUUCCACGAUGGCGAUUAAAAGGAGCCCAAGGAGUUUCUGUAGUAAAAGCUGAAUUCGAUGCUCUCAAGCUUGUCUCCCUUAGUCGUGACAAAAUACCCAACCAGGAGGACUGGCUGAACAACUGUCCAUGGUAUCCUGAAGUGCCUAGAGACGGAUUACUAUUCAGCGGAAGCACAGGUGAUAAGCCCCCACCCAAAUACAAUCUUCCAGUAACCACCGACUUUUUUGACCAAUCAGAUGACCGAUAUCUGUCGCAUCUGUCGGAGAUUGUCAUAUGGGUCUUUGACAUCUGCCAUGUGGCGGGAAUCAAGUUCCGCUUUACAUCUCCGACUCUCACGACAGCACUGUAUCUUUCCCUAUUGACGGCCCGUCUGGUUCAAACUAACCUAGACCGAAAUAUUCAAACGCCUGACUACCCUUACGGAACAGAUAAAGGCUGGAGUACAGUUCACGGAAAGGGAUCUCAAAUCAUUGGCAUGUUUGCUUCUCUUUCCCGGCCCUUCUGGGAUCUUGGUCUCAUAAGAUAG